UACUUGUGAACAGAGUGGAAUAGAGGUCUUUAGCUGUUCAUAACGUGUAUGCUUCCAAUGUCAUUCAGCUGCGCCAAGAGUUGACUGUCCAUGUUAAUUUGGUGUCGAAAACUUUUUGCACAUUUUAGAAUGAACUCAACUUUUCCACCUAUUUGUGCCAACAGAAGUAGGGAUUGUGAAAGUUUGAUUCUCAGCUUAUUUAGAGGUGUGGAGAUCUUUGGAGUGCAAGAGACCUACCUCCGAUGCCCAGUUGUAAGCUCCUGUUUCCUUAUGAGCUGAGCAUGUUCUUGGGGAUUUUGAGCCUAGUUAAAGCUUGUUCAGGUUUUUGCAGCGAGGCUGCUUCCUGACAAUCGGUCCGUCUGUACUCUGAACUACACGCUUUAAAUCCCUUGAUAUAAAAAAAGGUUAUUUAUUAAAAAGAUGAUCUUGAUUUAAACUACGUGUUUGAUAUAAUAAUUAAAAUCUUGAUUUUUCAUUAUCUAUUUUUUAUUAUUUGAAUUUCAAGAUAAUAAAAAAUGUAUUAAUAAAUUAAUAUAAAAUCAUUUUGAUUUGACACUCCCUAAAAAACAACUUUUUAUGCCGAAAAUACUCAUGGGAUUGCAAUAACAAUAAUAAUUUAAAAUGUUUUUUUUUUUAGAAAUAUACCAAAUAAUAUAUUUUUUUAUUAUUUAAAAAUUAUUUUUAAUAUUAAUAUAUCAAAAUAAUUUAAAAAUUUUAAAAAACAUAAUUCAUACCGUGUUUAACCUGCAUAAACCAGUGGACUGUCAAAUUAACGAAAAGGCCCAGUCCAUUGCCGCAUGGAAUCAAAUGUCAUGCCCGCGAAGCUUUUCGUUUUGAUUUUUUGAAAGGACAAUUAAGCCGCCAUCGCCUGCUCAACAAAUUCACAACGCCACUUCUACUAAGAUCUAUCCAUCCACUUCAAUCACAUAAGAAAGAUGAAGGGAGAGCUCCUGGAGUGUUGUCCGAAACUAGAAGCCGGUGAUGUCUCAGGGCUUAGUACUAUACUGGUAGCAGCAAUUCAGGAAGCAAAAGACAGGAUUUCUCAAAUAGAAUACAUAUUCUGUAACCAGCUUUACCCGAAUUUCCAAACGAAAUCCAAGAGCUUGCUGAAAAUUUAUUCGGAUGCGGAAGAGCUGUGGAAAGAAAAGGAAAAACAUCUCUUGGAGCUUAUUGAGAAGCUUCGGGUUGAGAAGCAGGAAGUUGUUGAAGAAAACAAGCUUCUCAAGGUUGGGAAGGAAAAGUCGGGGGAGCCGAAUGAGAAGGCAAAUGUGCUGCUUGCUAUACCAAGAAAUCGAGAAUCAAAAAUUGAUGAGCUAGAGCUGGAGGUUAUGAAGAAGUAUAAGGAAGUUGAUGAGGGAAUGAAAUUGCAGAAUACGUUACUUCAGUUGGUUCAAACGAAGGCAGCUAUGAUUGUGGAUAAAGGAAGGGAUUUGAAAACGAAUGAGGAGAAGACCAAUGAGCUGCUUGCUAAAUUGAAGAGUUUAGAGAAACAUGUUGAAGAGCUACAAGAGGAGGUUAGGACGAAGACAGAAAAAGUAGCAGAGAAAACAGAGUUGGCAAACAGUUUGAGCAAGAAAGCUUUGUCUCUAUUGAAAUUGAUUGAGGAUAACGAGAAGUUGAGGACUGAGCAUGAAAAGGAGAAGGAACAACUUAUGUACAAAGUGGAAUGUCUGGAGGAGAAUCUUGGUGGACUUAAAAAAAAGUUUAGGGAAAAAACGGAAGAAAUUGAAGAGGGGAGAGUAUUGCAAGCUGAAUUACUUCAACAAAUUGAAAUGAAUGCUGUGGAAAUCUUGAAGCAAAAAGAACAGUUGGAGAAGUCUGAGAAUGAUAAAAAGGUACUUUUAGACAAAGUGAAUGGGUUAGAGGAGAAGGUCAAUGAACUACAGGCAAAUCUCAGUAGCAGCUUUAAAGAGGCUGAAAGAAAGGUUUCGUAUGAAAACUUGCUUCACCGAAUUGAAUUGAAGGAUUGUGAGUUGCUGGCUGAGAAGAGGAAGAUGAGUGAUUUGCAUGGUCUUUACAUAAAGUUGAGGUCUCAAUAUAAAUAUCUCUGCACAAAGUCUGGUCUUACUAUGAAGAAUAUGCUUAAUGACAAAUUAGAAGAUGAAAGUGGUUCCUUGAAGCAUCAACUGACAACUUCAACUGACCGUGGGAACAAAAAUGUUGAUGCAUCUGCCGCGCCUUGUGAGAUGAAAGAAGUCAAGACUGAAAAUGAAUUUAGCAAUGUCUUGGUGGACAAUGAAGUUGUGAAAUCAAUUCCAAUCGCAAACUUCAAAUCUCCGACUUCUGGUUAUGCAGCACCAAAAUGUCCUCCCACUGUAAAAUCCGCUCGAAUAAUUGGCACAAAGCGACCUGCAUCUAGUUGGAUAGAUACUAGAUCUCGUCAAGGCAAAGAUGGGCCUGACCCUCACGAUAAUUUCCUUGAUACCCCAUUGGAGAACCUUAGGGCAGACAUGGACAAAGCCAUGAAGGAAGAAGUUCAUGAUCCUCACGUUGUAGUUCAGAAAGAAAAAAACAUGGACCCUGGCUGUUCAGAUGAUGAAACGCAGGAUGCAAAUGUUGAUCGUAGCCCUGGGGAGCAGCGGAUGCCUGUUCCAAUAGGUGGAAAAAGAGGUUUCAAGUAUGUUGAACCAGUUCGAAAGAAAGCUGAGAGGCAAAAUUUGAAAGGAGUUCAAUGCAAGCAGUGCAAAAAAUUCUAUGAUGCAGUUCUUCCCAAUAAUGGAGGUAAGUCUGCUGAUGGUAAUCAACAGAACGUUCGGUGUGAACAUCAUGAUGGUGUUUCUAGGCAUCGAUACAAGUAUGCCCCUCCCUUGACUCCUGAGGGAUUUUGGAAUAUUGGAUUUGAAUCUGAAAUGUGAUUUUCUUGAGCUUGA